AUGCGGUUGCUGCUGGAAUGGCUUCUCCUGCUCUUUGGCCCGUGGCUCCUGCGGAAGGCUGUCAGUGCUCAGAUGCCACAGUCCCAGAGGCCUCAGUACCUGGAGCUGCGCCCCUCUGCGGCCGGAGGGGGCGCCCCUGGCCAGCAGCUCCCCGCACCAAGCUCUCCGGAUGGCCUUGGCACUGGCCGCGCCUGGAGUUGGGCCUGGCCAGCUAACCACACGGGGGCGCUGGCCGGGGCCGGGGUAGCCGGGGCUCUGCCGGUGCAGCGCACCAAGCGGAAGCCGUCCAUUAAAGCGGCCCGUGCCAAGAAAAUCUUCGGUUGGGGAGACUUCUACUUCCGGGUGCACACCCUCAAGUUCUCGUUGCUGGUGACUGGCAAGAUAGUGGACCAUGUUAACGGUACCUUCAGCGUAUACUUCCGCCACAACUCUUCCAGCCUGGGCAACCUGAGCGUCAGCAUCGUGCCUCCCUCCAAGCGCGUCGAGUUCGGGGGCGUCUGGCUGCCGGGACCCGCCCCCCACCCUCUGCAGUCCACGCUGGCCCUGGAGGGAGUGCUCCCGGGGUUGAGACCCCCGCUGGGGAUGGCGGCGGCGGCAGGGCCAGGGCUAGGGGGCACCCUCGGGAGCGCGCUGGCGGGUCCACUCGGGGGAGCGCUGGGAGUUCCUGGGGCCAAAGAGUCACGCGCUUUCAAUUGUCACGUGGAAUAUGAGAAGACAAACCGCGCGCGCAAGCACCGCCCGUGCCUGUACGACCCCUCGCAGGUGUGCUUCACGGAGCACACGCAGAGUCAGGCCGCUUGGCUCUGUGCCAAGCCCUUCAAAGUCAUCUGCAUCUUCGUCUCUUUCCUCAGCUUUGACUACAAACUGGUGCAGAAGGUGUGCCCAGACUACAACUUCCAGAGCGAGCAUCCCUACUUUGGCUAG